CCUUAAACCAACCACAACAACAACAACAACAACAAGGACCCUUCCUCUGCACUCCCCUCACUAAAACAACCCGCAAACAACUACCCCAAAUACCCCCCUAAAACAAAAGAAAAAGAAGGGAUAGAGAAAGAUGGUCUCCCCCCUAACAACAACCUUCAUCCAAUCCACCAUCCUAAACGCCAUCGCCAACAUCCUAGCACAAAUAAUAGACCAUCAUCGGAAAUCCAAAUUAACAACAUUUACACCUAACCUCCCCGCCCUCCUCCAAUUCAUCACCUACGGGAUAAUAAUCGUUCCCCCGAAUUUCAUCUGGCAGAGGUAUCUUGAACGGCGGUAUCCGGGGUUUCCUUUCCGGCAAUCCCCAUCUACUAACUCUUCCCCUCCCCUACGAACAUCUACCCCUAAUGGAAAGAAAGGAGGUCCAGGGAUAGGAGAAAUCUACAUCUCCAUCCCGGACCCAACAUCCACCGUCCUCCUCAAAGAGAAGAAACAAAAGCCAAACGGCAAAUUCCUCCCUAGGCGCAGCAGAGGAGGCUGGUACAACUUCCUCAUGAAAUUCCUACUGGAUCAGACGGUGGGGAGUGUAGGGAAUAUCGUACUGUUUAUUGUUCUCAUUAAUUUGUUGAAGGGGGUGGGGGUGGGUGGUGUUUGGGGGUUGGUUGUUGAGGACUUCAAACCCAUCAUGAUCGCAAGACUCAAAUAUAGACCGAUUGUCUCGUUGCUCAUGUAUACGGUUGUGCCGGUGGAUCGGCGCGUCGUGUUUGGGAGUGCGUGUGGGGUGAUUUGGGGGGUGUAUUUGAGUUUGUAUGCUGUUGUUUAGUCUCUCUUUCUCUUUCUUUCUCUAUUUCUUUCACUACUUUUGUUGCUGUUGUUGCUGUUGCGUUAUUAGAGUUGUGAUGUGUGUGAUUGGUAUGGAUCAAUCUUUCGUUUCGUUGUUUCAUUUGUCUGUCAGCGUGAUACCUCGUCUUGGCCAUCAUUUCUUCCUUAUUAGAUCUAUUUAUCGUCUGUCUGUCGCUUAACUAGCAUUAUACAAUUUAUAAGUAAUCACAUGCAUUCAAACCCAUAGCUUCU